UCUUCCCACCUGCAAUGCAAUUUUUAGUGCUCAAUCAACAUCUUUAUAAGCACAGAUUGUGGGAGAUAUUAAUCACCCCUGCUUUCUUCUGUGAUUAGCCUCUAGAAAUCUGCUUGAACUCAUUGCUUUUUUCAAGUUGUCUCAAGUUGCAGAGAUGGUGUCUCAUAUCAUAAGAAACCAUAUUGUUUUUUAUGUAUCUCUCAUGUCUCUGUGUUGGGAAAGUAUUGCAUCCUUAGCCCUAACUUGUUUUCAGAAAUUCUACUGUCUUUUUGCCAUCCAGAUCUUCAAAACUGGAAUUUUGAGCUUUGGCAGUGAGGAAGGCUUAGAAUUCAUACCAGAUGAGCCGUGCCCAACUUCUGUAUCUAUAAUUCAAGAGGUGGAUACUUCUCCUGAGACUGAAAAGAUGUUGCAGAACAUAAAAAAAUGGGAUCUUGAUAGGAUUUUCCAUAUUUUGGACAGCAAUAGGAAUGGCAUAGUGAGCACAGAGGACAUACAAGGUUUGCUACAAAAGCUUGGACUCCAUUUCUAUUGUGAUGAUGGUCUGAAAAUCAUGACAAACUUUCCAGAGCAUAUGAGCUUCGAUGAAUUCUGCAGAGUUAGUGUGAGUUUGGUAGAAGAUUUUGAAUGUGCAGAGGGGGUGAAGCAGGUGUCUGAGAAAGAGGAGUUGAAGGAAGCAUUCUGUGUUUUUGACAAAGAUGGUGAUGGUUUUAUCACCCCACCUGAGCUUCAACACGCUUUACUCAAUCUGGGUUUCAGAGAAGCGAAUGUGUUGGAGAAUUGUGAAGCAAUGAUAGGUAAAUUUGACAAAAAUUCUGACGGUAGGAUAGAUUUUGAGGAAUUUGAGAACAUAAUGAGAAUGGUAAACUGAGCUCAGUAGAAAUUUGGAUUUGGUUAAAUGCCAACAUGUUUUCACAGUUUGGAAACUUAUAUGGAUGUACAUGUAUAGUUGUUUGAAGUAAUUAUGAGAAUGAGUAAAAUCUUAAUGAUCA